AAGGAUGGAGGCCGAGGAGAGCCGAGAGCAGCCCCCGAGCGCGGCGCCGGAGCCCGGCGGUGCCGGCUGGCACCUCACCGACACCGCGCGGCUGCAGCGCUUCCUGUGCUUCGGCUCCGAGGGCAGCACCUACCGCGUCAAGGAGCAGAAGCUGGCCUUCGGGAACGCCGAGGCGUUGCUCAGGCUGAUUGAAGAGGGCAGGGGCUGCGAAGUUGUUGAAGAAAUAAAAGCUUUUAGUCAAGAGGGCAGAGCGGCAAAACAGGAGCCCCUACUCUUUGCCCUCGCAGUUUGCUCCCAGUGCUCUGAUGCCAAAACAAAACAAGCGGCGUUUAAAGCCGUCCCCGAGGUGUGUUGCGUACCAACCCAUCUCUUUGCUUUCAUCCAGUUUAAAAAAGAUCUGAAGGAGGGCAUGAAAUGUGGCAUGUGGGGCCGUGCUCUGAGGAAAGCUGUUGCAGAUUGGUACAAUGGAAAGAAUGGCAUGACUCUUGCUUUAGCAGUUACAAAAUAUAAACAAAGAAGUGGUUGGUCUCAUAAAGAUCUUCUGAGGUUGUCCCACCUAAAACCUGCCAGUGAAGGAAUUGCUAUAGUCACUAAGUAUAUUACCAAGGGGUGGAAGGAUGUCCAAGAAGCUUAUAAAGAGAAAGCUGUUUCUGCUGAGACUGAAAAACUCUUGAAGUACCUGGAGGCUGUGGAGAAAGUAAAAUGCACAAAAGAUGAAUUGGAAGUUAUUCAUUUGAUAGAGGAAUAUGGUCUAGUUAGAGAACAUCUCCUGACAAACCACCUGAAAUCUAAAGAGGUUUGGAAGGCAUUACUCAAGGAAAUGCCUAUUUCUGUAUUGUUAAGAAAUUUAGGAAAGCUGACAGCAAAUGCAGUGCUUGAACCACGAGGUUCAGAAGUGGCAAUAGUAUGUGAAAAACUGAGAAAUGAGAAACUGCUAAAAAAGGGUAGAAUACAUCCCUUCCAUAUUUUGGUUGCAUUAGAAACCUAUAAAGCUGGCCAUGGAAACAGAGGGAAGCUUUGGUGGCGUCCUGAUGAAGACAUUUUAGAAGCUUUAGAUGCCUCAUUUUACAAAGCUUUCAAGACACUGGAACCAACAGGAAAACGCUUUGUAAUUGCAGUUAAUGUCAGUGCAUCAAUGACACAAAAGGUUUUGGGCAGUGUGCUCAAUGCCAGUACAGUUGCAGCAGUAAUGUGUAUGGUUGUAGCACGGACUGAGAAGGAUUCCCAAACUGUUGCCUUUUCACACGAAAUGGUCCCUUGUCCAGUGACGGCUGACAUGACCUUACCUCAAGUUUUAGUGAAAAUGUAUGAAAUUCCAAUGGGUACCAUUGAUUGUUCACUUCCAAUGAUAUGGGCUCAGAAAACUCAGACAGCUGCUGAUGUCUUCAUUGUAUUUACUGAUAACGAGACCUUUGCUGGGAAUACUCCUCCUGCAAUGGCCCUUACAGAGUACAGAGAGAAAAUGGGUAUUCCUGCUAAGCUGGUAGUUUGUGGAAUGACCUCCCAUGGUUUUACGAUGGCGGGCCCGGACGACAGAGGCAUGUUGGAUAUCUGCGGCUUCGAUACAGGAGCUUUGGAUGUCAUUCGAAACUUCGCUUUGGAUUUCAUUUAAGUUCUUUAGGCAUCUGCUCUUCCCAGUGGCUCCAUUGCUGGCAACAGACUUCACCCUGGGAACUCCCAGCCAAAUACACUUUAUUAGCUUAUGGCAUAUUGUAUACAUAUCAGAAUGUUACGGGAAGUGGUGGCACUUCAAGCAUCUCUGACUAGAGCUUCUCACUAAGGUAUUUGUAAGGUUGAACAGAACUUCAGUCUCAUGCAAAUCUAACAGAUUCAGAGAAACAGCGCUCACAUCUCUGGUGUCAAACUGUCAGUAGCCAGUGAUUCCCCUGCCCUGUAGCUGCUGCCACCCUGGGACUUGGUGCCAUGCAGCAACACACAGCUGCAGCCCUGCUCCAUGCCCCUUCAGAAAGGCAACUCCACUCCUCAGCCACCUUCAUUGCAUCUGGCACGCUCAUUUUCCCAAGGCAGUUGCUUUCUUCCUAUACCUGCACUCAAAACUCUAGUUGGAUUUAAUUUCCUGAUCAGCCUGGGCUCUGUGUGAGCUGGAGCUCCAAAGAACAUCAACCCUUGUGUGAUAUCCACAGUAACUGUGCUCUGAGUCCUGUGGGCCAGCAGCAGCCGGUCUGGAUCUGUCCCAAGGGUAAAACAUCCGCUUGUUAUGAUGGAGUGAUGGCAGCACCACCGUGUACUUUAGAAACCCUUGGUCCCUGAGCUUCACCAAAGUCUUCCUGGCUAGCCUGGCCUGCCCCACGUGAAUUAUCCCAUCCCUGUUGUCCUCAAGCUCCACUGCAUCCACUGCCUUGAGGAGAAGGGUGGUUUUGCCUGGCCCCAAGGAAGACAACACCACAGCAAACACUUCGUGUCAGCAUGCUGGAUGGAUCCUGCUCUUGCUCUCCACCAGUGCUAGAGUCAGCUCAGAUACCAGCUUGGCCACAUCCAGCUCCUCAGCAGGGUAAAUGAAGAGGACCACAGUGUUGUCCAGCUCCUUGUGGACUUUGGAGUUGUUGUGCUGCAAGUUCCCCUGCUGCAGCAGCAGGCCCAGCACCUGCUGAGGGCUUGCUGCCUUUGCCAGCCACAGGAGCAGGGCUUGUACUGCAGGAUGGCCAGCUUCUUGUCCUCCAGGACUUCAGCAGCAGCAGAGACCAACAGUGCCAGGAAGCAGGUGGAUCACCUCCAGAGCCUGAGCACCACCUUGGAGUCAUUGAGGAAGCUGAGGAGCCCUAGAGGCCAGACUUUGGCCUUUUAGGGUUGAGAAAGUCCCUUGCAAACAAUCCUGAGUGAAGAGGGGUCCAGGAAGGCUGAACAUUCUUCAAGGACCUUAAAGAUGCAGGAACAGGCUGUCCCCAUGUGCUGAAAGAUGAACCAGUGGGAAAGAAGACUGGCCUUGUUGAACAGGGAACUGUCACUGGAACUCAGGGAAAAAAGACCAUUGGAAGAAGAGGCAGGAUGCUCUUGAGGACUACAAGGAUGUUAGGUUAUGCAGGAAGGUUAGAAAAGUGAAACCCCAGCUAGAAAUUAAUUUGGCCACUGCUGUAAUAGGUAACAAAAAGUGUUUUUACAAAUACAUCAGCAACAAAAGGAGGGCCAAGGAGAGAAUCUCCAUCCUUUAUUGCAUGUGAGGGGAAGUAUUGCCACAAAGGAUGAGAAAAAGGCUGAGGUACUUGAUGCCUUCUUUGCCUCAGUCUUUAGUAUUCAGACCAGUUGUCCUUGGGAAGACAGAGACAAGGAACAAAAUGAAAUCCCUGUAAUUCAGGAGGAAACAGUGACCCACUUAACUGUUCAAAGGUCUGUGGGGUUGGAUGGAAUCCACCCAAGCUGCUCUCCACCAUUUAUCAUCAAUCCUGGCUGACCAGGGAGGUCUCAAGGCAGCUGGAGGUUGGCCAGUGUCGUGCCCAUUGAGCAGACAGGCUGGAAGGAGGAGCCAGAAAACCACAGGCCUGUCAGCCUGAGCUUGGUGCCAGGGAAGGUUAUGGAACAGAUCACCUUGAUCACAGCACAUGCAGGACAGCCAGGGAUCAGGCCCAGCCAGCAUGGCUUCAUGAAAGGCAGGUUCUGCCUGACCAACCUGAUCUGCUAUGAACGGUGACCUCCCUAGGGGAUGAGGUAAAGGCUGUGGAUGUGGUCUACCUGGACUUCAGGAAAGCCUUGGACACUGUUUCUCAUAGCAUUGUCCUGGAGAAGCUAGGAGCCUCUGCCUUGGACAGGUGCUCUGUUUGCUGGCUAAAAAACCGGCUGGGUAGCUGGGCGCAGGCCAUGGUGGUGGCUGAGGAGAAGGAGAUCGAGGGCACCCGCAGUCACUUUGCAGGUGACACCAGGCUGAGCCGAAGAGUUGGUCUGCUGGAGGGGAGGAAGGGUCUGCAGAGGGAUCUGGACAGGCUGGAUCCAUGGGCUGAGGCCAGGCGUAUGGGGUUCCACAAGGCCAAGUGCUGGGUGCUGCCUUUGGCUCACACCAAUCCCCUGUAAUGCUCCAGGCUGAGCGGAGUGGCUGGAAAGCUGCCCAGUGGAAAAGGUCCUGGGGAUGCUGGUCAGGAGUGGGUGAACAAGAGCCAGCUGUGCCCAGGUAGGCAAGAAGGCCAAGGGCAUCCUGGCUUGGAUCAGAAAGAGUGGCAGCAGGACCAGGGAAGGGAUUGUUCCUCUUGGAGCUGCUGAGGCUGAACCUCAAAUCCUGUUCGCGGCUGAGCGUUGGAGCAGGCUGCCCAGGGCCAUGGUGGAAUCAUCAUCCCUGGAAGUGUUCCAAAACCAUGUGGAUCUGGUGCUUAGGGACAUGGCUCAGUGGUGGACCUGGCAGUGUUGUGUUGAUGGCUGGACUCAGUCUUAGAGCUCUUUUCCAACCCUCAUGAUUUUGUGAUUCUUUAUUACUUUUUUGUGAAGGAAAAACAAGAAAAGCAGAUGAGGAAUCUCUUUUUUUAUUUUUCCUGUUGCACACAACUUAAAAUAACAGUGAGAAGUUUGCUAAAAGUGGUUACAGGGUUACAUAGUAUGUAAUUUAAUUUCAUUUAUAGUAGAUUAUAAAUAUGGAGAGAUUUUUAAUUUCCCCCAUUGCUGUGGAAUGCUUAUUUGCAAGAAUAAAUUUGUGAGUUACUUUUAGAGCGGGGCUGGAAACAAAUGGGCUUAGUAUUUUUAAUAAUGGCAGUUUAACAGCAACUUCAUUGAGAGGGACUUUUCUUUGGGCUUUUUAAAAUCUUUGUAUUUUAAGUGUUACUAAUGUUCAGCGGUUUCUAUGGUUAUGGUUAAAAUCUACAAAAGAAGUUUUUUCUGGUAUGUAUUGAGACCAUGUGACUGUGAUACAGUGCAAAAGCUACCCAGGGACAUUUUAUACCGAUAAAACUGAAAGUGCAAGAGCUCAUGCUAAUCUUUUUCUCUCUGGAUUAUCAUCUGGGUUUUCAAGAGGAAGUACCUCUUUAGAUAAAUUGGGGGACAGUUUCUGCACAAUACUGUUUCAGAAGCACUAGUUUAGAAUUAAAACACUUUACAGGAAGUUCUAAAAAACUGUUUCUAGUAGAAAAAGAUCUCGGAAAUGACUGGGAUGUCACAUUCAGUCCUUGUCACAACUUCAGGAAGCAUCAGCACGCCUUCAGUGAGCAAGAUCAACAAGUGCAUGUGUCUUGGCCUGCUCACCAAAGCUGAGUGGGAACAACCAGAAACAA